AUGGAUCCAAAUCGAGGCAACCCCCCGGGGCCCCAGACCUCCUCAGAGGCCCCCAAGCCUAGCCUGAACCCUUGCUCAAUCCUGGCAAACAAUACCAUGCCGCAGGAAUCCCCCAGCAUAGUGGGCGACAGGUUGCCCCCAAAGACCUGGGCGGUGGUCAUCGACAUGGGCACAGGCACCUGUAAGGUGGGCUUCGCGGGGCAGGCCCGGCCCACCUACACCAUGGCCACCGUCGUCGGCUGCCAGCCCAAGAAGCCGACCACCAGCAGGACACCGGUGCUGGAGGCGUUCAUGGGCGAAGCAGCCCGCAUUCGCCCUGAGCUGAUGCUGACGCAGCCCGUGCGGAAUGGCAUCGUGGUGGACUGGGACGCAGCCGAGCUGAUCUGGCGCCACAUGCUGGAACACGACCUCCGCGUGGACCCCCGGGACAACCCGCUGCUGUUCUCCGAUCCGCCCUUCAGCCCCACCACCAGCGAGAAGCUGGUGGAGGUGGGUUUCGAGUCGCUGAGCUCCCCCGCCAUGUAUGUGGCUUCCCAGUCAGUGCUGUCCGCCUACGCGCACGGGCGGGUCAGCGGGCUGGUGGUGGACACGGGCCACGGGGUCACCUACACGGUGCCCGUCUUCCAGGGCUACAACCUGCCUCACGCCACAGAGCGCCUGGACCUGGCGGGCACCCACCUGACCGCUUUCCUGGCGGAGAUGCUGCUCGGCUCCGUCUCGCCCCUGGGGCAGGAGGACCUGGACACGGUGGAGAACAUCAAGCGCCGCUACUGCUAUGUGGCCUCCGACUUCCUGAAGGCACAGGCCCGGCCCGAGGGGGAAUGCCGCCGGACCUUGAAGCUGCCUGACGGGCGGAUGGUCACUCUGGGCAAAGAGCUGUUCCGGUGCCCUGAGCUGCUGUUCAGCACCCCCGAGAUCCCAGGGCUGUCGCCCGUGGGCGUCCCCACCAUGGCGAAACACAGUCUUCACAAGGUGCCGCUGGAGGUGCGGACCGAUGUGGCCCAGAACGUGCUGCUCUGCGGGGGCUCUUCACUCUUCACCGGGUUUGAGGGUCGCUUCCGCGCUGAGCUGCUGCGCGGUCUGCCCCCAGAGGCCCACGUGGUAGUGGCGGCCCAGCCCACCAGGAAUUUCUCCGUGUGGAUUGGCGGCUCCAUCCUCGCCUCACUGCGUGCCUUCAAGCUCUGCUGGGUCCUGCGGGAGCAGUACGAAGAGCAGGGGCCCCACAUCGUGUACCGCAAGUGUUGCUGA